AUGGCGUCGGCGAUAUUGAGUGACAAGCGGCAAGCGGCGGCCGGCAUGCACGGCGGCGAGACGUCCAUCUCGUCGGUCCGUCCGUUCGCUUCCUCCUCCCCGCGUCACCUCGACAUCGCCGCGCGGCCAGGCGAAGCAGUCGACGGGGCCGGCCGAGCGGCGGAGGCGGCGACGGAAGCCGACCUCGCUGCGUCCGCAUCCAGCCCUCCCACCUCGCCCCCCUACUGGCUCAACUCCAGCGUGCAGCACGGUCAGCGAAGCACGUCCAAUCUUUCCGUCGACUCCAUCCUCCCGGCGGGCGCCAUCACGCUCUGCGACAACGACACGACCGAGGGCAACGACCGCAGCGACGCCUGCUGGGCCAAGAGCGUCGAGAUUGUCGACUACACAACCGUCAACGGGAGCACGACCAACAUCGGCGCCUUCGUGGUGUGGAUCGUCAAGGUAGAGACGCUUACGGGAAGCUACAUGAACAUACGAAAGCGAUACUCGGAGUUUGACGAGCUUCGGAGGCAGCUGGUCCUGUCGUUUCCCAACUACGCCGCCGCGAUGCCCGUGCUGCCUCCCAAGAGCAUCAUCUCCAGGUUUCGGCCAACAUUUCUGGAGAAGAGGCGGGCGGGGUUGCAGUACUUUCUAAAGUAUGUGUCCGUCACCUUGUGUGCCGUCUUGUUUUCGCGUGCACAUGGCGAGCGCCGACUGAUCCUCGAUAGCUGCAUCAUCCUGAACCCAGAGUUUUCCGGGUCGCCGGUGCUCAAGGAGUUUUUGUUCGCCUGA